AUGGCCUUCUUUCUAAGGCGCCCGUUCGCCGUAUCCUCGGCGCUUCGCCAGGUUCCCAAGCUCUCGAACACUGCUCGCCUCAUCCACAACUCUCCCAUCAAGCCCCAGGCAAAGCCUCAAGGCAUCUCGUCCUCAAUCUUCGCCAAGUCUCGACAGAAUUUCCAGAAUGCCUUCCGCCGUACCUACAUGCAGCAGAGCGCCAACACUGCUCAAGGUGGUAACAUGACCCAAAAGAUCGCCUAUGGUGCUGCCAUCGUCGGUGGUACAAUGCUGGCUACCAACUUCAUCUUCAACCGUGAGACCCGAGAGGAUGGCGGAAUGCCCGAUUAUGAGCGAAGCUUCCUGAAUGAGACAUUCAUGCACACUGGUCUGGGUAUUGGUAUCAUUGGUGUCGCUGCUCGUGCUCUUCACAUGAGUGGCUGGUCUUAUCGUCUCAUGGCCAUGAACCCUUGGCUCGUUAUGGGUGUCGGUCUCGUUGGCAGCAUCGGCUCCAUGUACGGAACUUUCUACACCUCACCCGAUAACUACGUUGUGAAGUACGGCUGCUGGACUUUGUUCAACCUCACCCAGGCUGCUCUUCUCUCCCCACUGAUGUUCAUGAACCCUGCUAUUCUCGCUCGCGCCGGUCUUUACACUGUCGGCAUGAUGGGAUCCAUUGCCUUCGUCGGUGCCACUGCCAAGCAGGAGAAGUACCUGUACCUCGGCGGUCCUCUGCUUGCUGGUGUGACCAUCGUUGCUCUCUCUGGACUCGCCCCUAUGGUUCUCCCCGCCACUGCCGUUCGCACUCUGAUGUGGUCUGAGCGUCUCUGGUUGUACGGUGGUCUUGCCGUGUUCGGUGGCUUCACUCUCUAUGAUGUGCAGAAGAUUCUUCACCACGCUCGCCUCGCCGAACGUGGCCUGAUCCGUCGCGAUGUGGUCAAUGAAUGUGUCAGCCUUGAGUUGGACUUCAUCAACAUCUUCAUCCGCAUGGUCCAGAUCCUCGGCAUGGGCAACAACCGCCGCUAA